GAGCCGGAUCUCCCCUAAUAACCUGUAGUCGAUAAUCCUCCGUCUCUAUUCCUCUUUCUCCACAGCUCUGGUAGCUCUCUUCUACUCAACAUGUUCCACCGUCACGCAACCCCGCCUUCUUCCUCAUUCAACUACAUCCCGGGCAGUGUUGGCUCAGAUGCAACCUACUACUCGCAAGGCUCAUCACCAGAGGCGAACAGAGCGGACACGACUCCACCCCGAUCACCUGUGAGGCAGUAUGGUCCUGUGCUUUUGCCCAAGGUCCGGACGCAAGAUCAAGUAGCGGAGCCCACCCAGGGUCCGAUUAGACAUCGCAGGACGACGUCUACCUCCAGCGCCAACUAUGCCUACAGCCCUUACUCACGGCCAGCCUCGAUGGUCCGCCGUGGCUCCAGUCCCCUCAACCACAACAUCCACAACAUUCAAAAUGCCCAGAGCACGCUGAAUUCGCCUGUAUCUACUUCCUCGUAUGACUUCAGUAUCUCUACCCUCAAUUCUCCCAUCACCUUCACACGCCCAGACGCUCGUCGUGCUUCUUCGUACAUGGGAUCGCAGUCGCGCUCCAACUCAGCAAACCGAGACCGUCAUGCUCGGUCUGGCUCGGCCGGAAACGUUGAUGAGAACAUCAUUAGCCGAUAUGGCUUCCCUACCUACCGCAACCUCCCCAACUACGUGACUGCUUCGAGUGCGCCCCAGUCGCACCUUAGCCUCGUCACAUCUCUUCCCUCGGCAUACUCCUCGGUCCAGGAGAUUCCCGGCUACACUACCAUGUGCACUCAAGACUUUGCUGUCCCAGAGUUCGAGCCUGCCCCGGCCGUACAGUACCCCUCCUUCACAGAUGUCAGCUUCGACACCUUCCAGCCCAUCGCUCCUACCUCGUCUCUUGUCGAGUACCUCUCCUCUCCCAACCCUUCCCCAUCUCUAGUCCACCGCGUCACAAACGCACCUCGAGGCAUCAACAACCACUUUUGGUGGGAUGUGCGCAACCUCCGCAGCUGGGAGGACUUCAACAUCAGCACUAUCAAGUCCAUCCCCUCGGUCCUUCCCCUUCUUGAAGUCCCCGUCCCAGCCUCUUACCUCCCGCAACCCUGCCGCCAGAACCUCCAACCAGAGAAUGAGGCUGCCCUCCAUGACGUCUGCACCAACUACUACGCCAACAAGGUCAACGCCGCCCUCAAGGUCGCACAGGGAACCACCCACAUGGUCAUGCGCUCUGUCAAGCCCGUCGCUGGCGCCCGUCAGCAGCCAGAGUUUAUCUCCAACUACCCCACCGACUACGAGAAGACUAUCUUUGGUGACAGCCGCGGUCGCGUCGUUGGCCUCGUCAAGUGCUACGACCAGUGGAACACGGGUAUGCGAGGCGAGUCUCCACCCAAGCAGGUCUUGUACCUUCAAGGCCUCGCGCAUCUGCACCGUGUGAUGCGCGAGCAUGGCUGCCGCUACGGCUUCAUCAUGACUGAGAUCGAGCUCCUCUGCGUGCGCUGUGGCGGUCCUUCCGACGCCGCGACCGUCGACCCCACGACUGUCAACGCACAGACUGGCGUCCCCAUCUACGGCUACCUGGAGACCUCUGCGCCCAUCCGCCUCUCCACCCAGGGCGCGCACCCAGAGACGGGUGACAUCCAGCUCACCGCCCCACUUGCGCUCUGGUACCUACAUAUGCUUGCCAAGGAGAACCCCUUUGCCGGUAUGGGCACUUGGCGCAUGGACGUCGGCGGUCCUGCUGCCUUGACACGCCAGAACUUCCUCGAGAAGGACUCCUGGAUCCCCAAGCCGCAGCUGGGCGAGAAGCGCGAGUCGAAGCGCGUCCGGGGCUGGGUAUUCCCCGACGAGCCGUUGAGUAAGCGCGAGUGCGGCAAGGGGAAGAGGAUGAAGUCGAUUGGCUGAACGAUUGAUUCGUUGUACCUUGACUGAAGUAAUGUAUGAUUGAUGAUAUUAUUGUUUGCGCUGGCGAGAGAAAAAAGCUGCUGCUGCUG